UUGGGGAAGUUGGCACAUGAGCAGAAGAAGAGAGGGCGGGUGUGUGUGUGUGUGUGUGUCUGUUUUAGUCAGAGGAGGCCUUUCGUCGUGCUGCUAAGAACACUUGAACCAGAAAUGGGAUAUACAUUUAUCUUUCGAAGUAAAUUGGAGAAGUAGUGGGUGUGAGGCACUAUAUGUAGGGGCCUCAGGCUAUGUAGUGGUGAGAAAGGACCUUUCUUUGGUAGAGCGUGUGAGAUGCCGUUAAAAAUGGAGAGGCUGAAACAAAGAGUGUAAACUGGAAAAUGUACCUAAAUGAUCAGUGGACAGCUGUCGCCUCGCCUCUUCCGUAAACUGCCACCGAGAGUUUGUGUCUCCCUGAAGAGCAUUGUUGAUGAGCAUUUCUUAUGUGCAGGGCACAUUUUCCUUGGCUUCUCUAAAUGCGGGAGAUAUGUGUUGUCCUACACCAGCAGCAGUGGUGAUGAUGACUUCUCUUUCUACAUCUACCAUCUUUACUGGUGGGAAUUCAAUGUCCACAGCAAGCUAAAAAUGGUACGUCAGGUUCGAUUGUUCCAGGAUGAGGAAAUCUACAGUGAUCUCUACCUGACAGUAUGCGAAUGGCCUAAUGAUUCCUCCAAGGUCAUCGUCUUUGGUUUCAACACCCGUUCGGCCAAUGGCCUGCUCAUGAACAUGAUGAUGAGUGAUGAAAACCAUCGGGAUAUCUACAUUAGUACAGUUGCCAUGCCUUCCCUUGUGCACUGUCCCAACUGCAGGGACAUGGCCAUUGCACAUCCAGGUGACCCCAAUGCCAAAUGUCUGCAGCAUGGUUUUAUGCUGCACACAAAGUACCAGGUGGUGUACCCUUUCCCCACAUUCCAGCCAGCAUUCCAGCUCAAGAAGGACCAAGUGGUGCUGCUCAACACUAGCUAUUCUUUAGUAGCCUGCGCUGUUUCUGUCCAUACAUCAGAAGACAGCAACUUCUGCCAAAUCCUCUAUGAUAGGAGGAGUCAGCCCUGGUCCUCUGCUGGUGACGUUUGCCAUACACCUGUUGUCUCGCAGUGCCCCAUGGGCUCCGAGGAAGGGCCGGAAAGAGAGAGCUGCUCUUGCCGGAGUGCAGCUGCAUUACAGCAGCCAGUCCCUGUUCCUCCACAGGACACAGAAAACCACAUCUCGCCUGCUGUAGCUAUGGCAAAGGAAUUUGUUGCGGACAUCUUCCGAAGGGCCAAGGAAGCAAAAGGCACUGGCCCGAUGGAGGAGGUGGCAGGCAGUGGGCUGGAGGGCCUUCUGGACUUUGAUGGGGCCCUCGGCCAGGGCACUUUAGCCUCUUGUAGUCUGGGGAAGAAUUUGGGGUCUUGCUUGCAUGACAGUGGCACUUGCAGCUCUGCAUCUCCUGGAGCAGACAGCACUUCUGACAUGGGAGGGUCCCCCAAAGACUCUCCCAUUGGCGACACUGAGCUGGAAGGUCAACCCGCUGAGCCAGGCUAUGUGAACUAUACCAAACUGCGCUAUGUCCUGGAGCCCAGCGAUCUCUCUGAGGCCGAGGAUGAGUAUGAGGAUGACAAGAUCUCCUUGCCAUUUGUUGUGACAGACCUGCGGGGAAGAAACUUGAAACCUCUGAAGGACAAGGCUGUUUGUCAGGGCCAGUACUUAACAGUGGAACAGUUGACUCUGGAUUUUGAAUAUGUCAUUAAUGAGGUGAUCCGGAACGAUGCCUCAUGGUCCAGGCAGUUUUGCUCCUUCAGUGACUAUGACAUCGUCAUUUUGGAGGUGUGUCCAGAAACCAACCAAGUUGUCAUCCACAUUGGACUCUUACUCCUAGCCUUCCCUUCCCCCGAUGAAGAAGGACAGCUUAGGCCAAAGAGCUAUCACACCAGCCUCAAAGUAGCAUGGGAUCUUAAUACUGGAAUCUUUGUCACAGUCAGUGUGGGGAAUCUCACUGAAGUCAAAGGGCAGACCAGUGGCACUGUGUGGAGCUCCUACCGGAAAAGCUGUGUGGACAUGGUAAUGAAGUGGCUGGUGCCAGAGAGCAGCGGUCGCUAUGUCAACAGGAUGACCAACGAGGCCCUUCAUAAAGGCUGCUCCUUGAAAUUCCUUGCAGACAAUGAGCGUUACACAUGGAUUGUCUUAUGAGGCCAGGCUCGGAGAGGAAGCCCACGUCAGUAGUUCAUUUCCUUCCAUAAUUGUUGUGUCGGAUUCAACUACCUCCUUGUUAAGAGUUGUUUUUAAUUCCCCCAUUCUUUUUGACUGGUCACUUGUCCAAAUGGCCUUGAGUGCAUUUGUUUUGAUUUGUGGACAGAACCGCAUUCUCCGGUUGGCUUUUGUGGCAUGUGGGGUGGGAACUGCAAGGCUGGUCCAGACACUGAAAAGCCUACCUCUCCCUGUAGGCGAGUCUGGUUGUUUGGACUGCACUGGCUCCAGCCGAGCGAGAAGAGGGCUCCCCAGAAAGCAGUGGCUUCUGCUCUGCUGGGAUCCUCUGUAGAAACCACACUUGUUUGUACUUGGUGGAUCUGUGAGGAGUCUCCAGCCGGUAAGAGUCUUUUUACAGGGUUUGCCCUCCCUGAUGCUAGGUGAGGUGCCAUGGCAUUGAUGACUUCAGGGCAGUGAUUCUGCUCAGGAGGCACACACUCCUGCCCUGUCAGAGUGUAAUUCAGUGUUUCAGGCACACUCACUCCCCCCGCCCCCGGCCGGAAGAGUGAUGCUCUUCCACCCCCACCCGAAGCAUAGAUGCCAUCUCCAUUUUGUGGAUGAGCCACAAAUGUUGUGGGUUUUUACUUCAGUUUGUUUCAGGCAGGAUUUCUGUUCCCUGCAAUAAACAUUUACAUUUGAAAA